CGUAGCAUGAGCCGCUAGGAUGUGUUAUGUCGUGAUCGCUAAGUUCAUCCGCCGGCGGCUGGUGUUAGCGAUUAUUUUCCUUCUCUCCCUGUCCUACUGUAUGGUGCACCUGAUACGAAGGAACAACAAUUUAGGUUUAAAUGAAGAUUAUCUGCAGACGCAGCUGUUGCUGCGUAAAAACAUUAUCUGGACCAAAGCGAAACAUUAUCGACCGGAUCCGGCCGUGCUAGCGGCACUGGGUGGCGUGGCGAACGAUACGGAAGAGGAACAGCUGGAACCGCUUACAUGCCGGAACUCGAUCCAGGGCAAAUCGCUCAUCGUCGACGACCGGGGGUACGUGUGUUCCCGGGCCGAGCUGCAAAAGAACGGAUGCUGCGGUGAGCCGGACCUGCCGGGGAAUGCGAUCGAGGCGGGUAAGGUGUUUCCGUGCCGUACCUGUUUGCCGAACCGGUGCUGCGCCGUGUACGAGUACUGUGUGUCAUGCUGCUUGAACCCGGACAAGCGACCGAUCCUGGAGGAAGUGUUAGCCAAAGCGAACGGCAGACAGGUGGCACUGUACGCCGAAGUGACCGAUCAGUUUGAGCUGUGCCUAACCAAGUGCCGCACCAACUCGCAAUCGGUACAGAACGAAAACAAGUACCGGAAUCCGGAGCAGAAGCACUGUUACGGUGAGAUGAGUGAAGGGUUGUGGCCGUCCGGCACCGGGAAGGACGCCCAAAAAACGCUCCCGGAUGAUGCGUGA